CAGUAAAUCUUAAAUCUUGUAAAAGGAAAGCAGGAAUUGACGGUUGAUGAAUGAAGCAAUCAGUCCCCUUCUCUACUAGAUUCAAGGCAUGAAACAAAAGUCCCUGCCAAACCCUCCAAAUCCAUGCCCAGUCACUCUCAAUAUUCAUUGCUCCUUCCCCACUUUUCUUCUCCAAUCCCAAUCCUCUUUUCCCAAUUCAGUUCACCAGCCAUCAUCCAUGGCUUCCACUCUCUCUUUCACUCUGAGAUUCCUCAUACCCCGAACACAAAUCUACUAAUCUUACUGCUACCCAGAAAGAGAAACAGGCAGGACAGCUUUGUUUCCAGUUGAAAAAAAGAGAGACAGUAGUAAUUAGUCUCAGGUGGUUGGCAUCUUCUUCCUCGCUCUCCUUCCCUUUUCUCCGAAAGCCAACCCCAUUCGCAUCACUUACCUUCCAACUAAAAAACCCUUCUUUCCCCCACAAAUAAACCUAAAAUCGCUCCUUUUCGCGUUAUUUUGCUAGUUUUUUCUUCUUCGAUGGAUUCCCACGGUUCUUCCGAGCUCCAACACGAGCACCCCAAGUUUCUCCAGAACCAAGACAAGGCGGAAACGCAGAGAGAGCUCCAAAUGGUGAUCUCCACCUCUGAGAGGGAACUCCCUCUUGUAUCAUCUGCUACAGAGGAGAAAGACGAUCAAAAGAAGCAGCUUGCUCCAAAGAGAAGCUCUAACAAGGAUCGGCACACCAAAGUCGACGGCCGCGGCCGAAGAAUCCGCAUGCCGGCCCUCUGCGCUGCUCGAAUCUUCCAGCUUACUCGAGAGCUCGGUCACAAAUCCGACGGCGAGACGAUCCAGUGGCUUCUUCAGCAAGCUGAGCCCUCCAUCAUUGCUGCAACGGGCUCAGGGACCAUCCCAGCCUCAGCCCUUGCUGCAGCUGCUGCAGCUGCCCCCUCUUCCAUCUCCCACCCCUCCACCGCAGCUGCUGGUCUUCACCCCAUGCUGAACGACCCACCUCCUUCCACCUCUGCUGCAGCUUCAAGACCCAAUUGGGCAACCGGCUUAUGGCCACCAGCUGUUCCUGUGUUUGGUAGCCAUGGAUUUCUCCCCACCAACAAUCUUGGUGGAAGCAGUGAAGGGCCUGCGGGAGGAGGGUUUAUGCAGAGAAUUGGGUUGCCGGGGCUAGAGCUACCUGGGGCCAAUCUCGGCCAAAUGAGCUUUGCUUCAUUGCUCAGUGGCCAUGGACAGCAGAUCCCAGGACUCGAGCUAGGUCUGUCCCAAGAUGGCCACAUUGGUGUUUUGAACCCUCAUUCGCUGGGUCAGUUUUAUCUGCAGAUGGGACAGGGACGAGGGGGAGGAAAUGAUGAGCAGCAAUUGCAGAAUCAACAUCACCAGCAUCAGCAGCAGAGCCAGGGAUCUCUGAACAAGGAUGAUUCUGAUGGAUCAACUCAGUAGCUGGCUAAUUCCAUCAUUGAUCUAUAUUUGUUUUGCUCUAAAUGUUAUUUUGUCCAGAAAAUGGAGGAAGGAAGCUAGAGAAUAAUUUGUUGUUAAUGGCAUUGAUUGCUUCUCCUUACUCCAGUUCUAUUUAUGGAGAUUAUUCAUCUCAUCUGGUUAAAUUUUUUUUUUUCAAAAAUUUGAUAUGUGGUGCUUAGGCAUGGAAAAAGUCUGUAUGCAAUUCUUCUGUCGCACUUAAUUCUGUGCAGGUUUUGGUGGAAUUUAGCUGAAUGGCUUGCAAUGGAGCUAUGUAUAUCCUGUUUACUAUUGAGGUUUGUAGAUAUUUUGUUUAGGCUAUCUUCA